AUGACGGUAAAGGGUAUAAGAAGUUUUCUAGGGCAUGCCGGAUUUUAUAGAAGAUUCAUCAAGGAUUUCUCCAAGAUUUCUAGACCCCUCUGCGCAUUGUUGGCCAAAGAUGCAAAGUUUGUAUGGACUGAAGAGUGCAUGGAUGCUUUCAAUUUAUUGAAAAAACUACUUACAUCUGCACCAAUCAUGAUAGCACCAAAUUGGAACCUCCCAUUCGAACUUAUGUGUGAUGCCAGUGAUUUUUCCUUGGGAGCUGUUUUAGGCCAGGGAGUUGAUAAGGUACCUCAUGCUAUUUAUUAUGCUUCUAGAACCUUAAAUGAUGCUCAGCUAAAUUAUUCCACCACUGAAAAAGAGCUGUUAGCAGUCAACUUUGCAUUGGAAAAGUUUAGAUCAUAUCUGAUUGGAUCUAAAGUCAUCAUCUUCACUGAUCAUGCUGCUCUCAAAUACUUGUUUGCAAAGAAGGAUGCAAAACCUAGGUUGAUUCGAUGGGUUUUGCUACUGCAAGAAUUUGAUCUAGAAAUAAGGGAUAAAAAAGGUAGUGAAAAUGUGGUUGCAGAUCAUUUGUCUAGAUUGCUUCAUGAAGAAGAAGGGAGUGAGCUCCCCUUAGGCGAACAAUUUCUGGACGAGCAAUUAUUUGCCAUCAAUGUCCACCCUCCUUGGUAUGCAGACAUUGUGAACUACAUCACUAAAAAGGUUUUUUCCCCAAUGCUUGUGACAGAUGCCAAAGGACAGGGAAUAUCUCUUCCCGAAAUCAAAUGCCAUUAUAGAAUAUUCAAGAGGUCGAACUCUUUGACGUAUGGCGUACUCCAUAUCAUCCCCAGACCAGUGGACAGGUGGAGAUUAGCAAUAGAGAAAUCAAGAGCAUCCUGGAGAAAGACGGUGAACACUAACAGAAAGGAUUGGUCUUUGCGCUUAAAUGAUGCACUAUGGGCUUAUCGGACUGCUUACAAGACCCCAAUUGGUAUGUCACCAUAUCGGUUAGUCUUCGGGAAGGCCUGCCAUUUACCUGUGGAGCUGGAGCAUCGAGCAUAUUGGGCAAUAAAGCAACUCAAUUUCAAUAUGAAGCAAGUAGGUGAAAAGCGGAAAUUGCAGCUGGUUGAGCUUGAAGAAUUGAGACAUGAUGCCUAUGAAAAUGCGAAGAUCUACAAGGGAUGGACUAAGGCAUAUCAUGACAAGCAACUUGUCAGAAAAGAGUUUCAUGUAGGCCAAAAGGUAUUGCUAUACAAUUCUAGAUUACGACUUUUUCCAAGUAAGCUUAAAUCUCGGUGGUAUGGUCCUUACACUGUUAGUAAGGUUUUCUCUCAUGGAGCACUAGAAGUUCAUAACAAAGAAAAAAAAGCAUACUUUCAUGGUGAAUGGGCAUAG